GUUUUGAUAAAGGAUUUGAAAAAUAAUUAACAAAAUUGGAUAGUAAACAGUGUAAAUAAAAAGCCAUGGCAGUUGUGAUCGAUUUAAAUAUCGUGUGCAUUAUUUGCCUUCAAGACGAUGGAGGUGAAUUGAUAUCAGUCUUCUCCGACGAUAAGGAAAGUACUACUCCUUCGGAUUCAGAGACAAGUAUAACAAUUGCAGAGAAGAUUUCAUUAUGUUCAGGAUUAGAUCUAUCUGAUAUAAGUAUUAAAGUUUCAAACAAAAUAUGUAACAGGUGUUUGGAUGACCUUUCUGUUGCUUGGCGCUUCCGAAAAAAUUGUGAAACGACUAAUUCUCUAUUCAAGACCAUACAACAAGAGGAAAAUGGAGUUGUGUCUUUGGUUAAUUAUGAGAACGAUUGUGACAAAGUCAAACUUCCCACCUGUUUGAAAAUACGACGAGUUCAUUCUGACAUCAAAUCAUUUAUCGCUACUCCUGAAAUAGAUGUAGAGCAAACUAGCGAUAUUGACCAACCUGAAGUUGAAAAAACUCAUGAUGACUUGGAAUCAAUUUCAGGUUUCGGAAUAGUGGAAUACAUUGAUGAAGAUGAACAGAAACAGUCUGAUGAAAGUACAGAUUAUUUCAACUGUAUUCGGGAAGAAAGUCUUGAAGAAGCGAAUGAGGAUUUUAAAGUGAUACAAAAACAAUCAACAAUAGAAAAAGAUACAAAAUUUCUGGAGACACAAAAUGAAAUCGAUCCAGCAGAAUAUGGAUUGAAAUUUGAAAAUGAAAUAAAGCAAGAGUUUUCAGAAGAUGAUAGUAUAGAUUUUUUAAGUAAACAAACAGGAGACCAGUUUCCGAACUGCGAAAAAGAAAUAAGUUCAUCUUCCAAUAACUUGAAAACUGAAACUGAAAAAGAAUUAACAGUUAACAGGAAAUUGAGUUAUAAGAAAGUGUCCACUCCGUCUGAAGUAAAGUCUAGUGGUGCGCAAAAAUUAUCUCAUAAAAGCAAAGCAUUUCAUCCUUCAGUAAAGAUUUGUGAAAUCUGUGGAAAUAUUUACAAGUAUCAGCAUGCACUAAGCGCCCAUAUGCGCAGACAUAAUAAUGACCGCCAAUUCGGUUGCGAACUUUGCGACAAGGCCUUUUUAUCGAAUGUAGAACUGAGACGACAUAUGCGUGUGCACACGGGUCAAAAACCGUAUCCUUGUUCUUUUUGUGAUAGGCGUUUUUCUGAUUUUGGGUCUCGAAGUAAACACGAACGCACACAUACUGGAGAACGGCCAUAUCGCUGCACAACUUGCAAUAAGUCAUUUGCAUAUCCUCAUGUUCUGACUGUACAUUUACGAACACAUACUGGUGAGAAAAAAUUCCAAUGUACACGCUGUGGUAGAGGUUUCACAAAGAAAGCAUACCUCUUAGCCCACUUGGAAAACCAUACGCGCUGUGAGAACAUGUCCGUUGUUAGUAUGAAAUCUGAUUCGGAUACAACGCAGCAACAAGAAAUGACUGCAAUAAAAACCGUAGCCUUCGAGGAAUGCAUCUUUACCACAGAAUUAGUUAAUGACAAUGAAAAUUUAACCAAUAGGGAAGAUGACAUCAGCCGAUGUACUAUGGAGCUCGACGAUGCAAUCGACGAGGAGCACUUAGAAGAUGAUAAUGAUGUAGAAUACAUUUUGGGAGUACGUUCAUAGUCAUUAAAUAUCAAUAUAUAAAUUAGUUCGUAUUCAUUUUAAACAUUGCAUAACGCAAAUAUAUGUAUGCGCUUAUAGAACAACACACAGUUAAAUAAUUAACUACUUUGGAAUCUGUGUAUCUACAAGUUCAUUCUGAAAUAUAUUUCGUGUUGGCACACGGCAAUCCUUCAUGCCUGGAGGUAACCUGCUGGACUAGGUGACAUUGGCAUUCCUAAUUACCUCACUUGUAGAAACCAUGUGGCGAAGAUUGAUAUGCCGAUAAAAUAUUAACGUAAUGACUUUUCAUCAAUGUAUUAUAAUAUGUAAAUACAACGAUGGGUUAUUAUAAUAAAAAAUAAAUUGUAAGAAUAUAAAUCUAAGAAACAUUUUACAAUAUAUGUAUAUCUAUACUAUAGCAAUGCGGGAUAAGUACUUCCAACAAGAUACCGUGUAUAUAUGUACAUAAAUUAUUUGACACAGAAUUCGAUUUCGUCAGCAAUUUCCGUAAACGGAAGAAUUUUUCGUUUUUCCUUAUGAAUUUCUAUAGAUACUUAAUACAUACAUACAUACAUACGUAAAAUUGCCAAAUAUAAAGGAAAACAAUUGUGUCAAUAUACCUCCGUUGCGCAAACAAAUAUUCAGAACAUACAUGUGAGUUUAAUUAAAGAAACCACAAGUUUUAAUCAACUUCACACGUUUGUAAAAGUUCCUACAUUCCACUCAUAUAAACCGGUUCUCCACUAGUUCAAUGAACACUGAAUGGGGAGUUGCUGAUGAUGAUGACUAUGAUGAUCAUGUAGUUAAGCAUCAAUUUUAAAGCAAUAAUAAAUGUGCACCCUUAAAAGUGUUAUGUUUACAGUACAUUUUAUUUAAUUAUUAAAUAUUUUUGGAUGACAAAAAGAAAGAUAUUGUAGGAACGGAAUCAAUAAAACUUGAUCAGCUUAACUAAGUGUGAGUUAUUAGUAUAUUCGACAUAAUUAUGUGUUGUAAUUAAUCUUUGUUGUUAUUUUGUAAAUUAAAUAAAUAUUUAUUUGCAAAGUUUGAGCUAAUUUCCGUCAUAUCUUUUGAUAGGAUUUCACACGUAGGUCUUUUAAUCCUCAAACGUCAUCCUCCCUGGUCCAUGAUUUUUCAUAUAUCGUCGAUAAGAUUUAUAUCGAGGGUUCUCAGCCAAUUUCUUUUUCAUUUCCUCUUCCUGCUCUUCAUGCCAUUCUUCAAACUUAUCCUUUUCCCAUAGCUCCAAUCGCAAAUAUUCUUCAAUUUGAU